UCGCAGUGGUCCCGGUGGUCCCGAUAUUUCUGGUUGCCCCGGUAGUCCCGGUAGCUCCGGUGGUCCCGGUAUGGAGCAGCUGGAGCUGAGCAGCAGGAUCAGAGCCGCUGCGAGGAGAGCUAACCUGAGCUCCGUGGGGGACGUGCUGUGUUUUUCGGGGCGGGACCUGCAGAGACUCACCGGUCUUUCUCGCUCUGACAUCGAUCAGCUGAUCCAAGCCGCCGCCGCUGCCGCCAGCCGGAGCCGACCAAUCACAGCUCUGAUCCUGACUCGCGGGUUCGAGUCCGGCCACAGACUAAGCCUCGGCUGCCCCGUGCUGGACCGGCUUCUGGGGGGGGGGCUGCCUGUGGGGGGGGUCACCGAGCUGGCAGGGGAGAGCGGAGCCGGGAAGACCCAGCUGGGUCUGCAGCUGUGCCUGUCUGUGCAGUACCCCCCCCACCAUGGAGGCCUGGGCUCAGGAGCGGUGUAUAUCUGCACAGAGGACAGGUUUCCCAGCAGGCGUCUCCAGCAGCUGAUUGGACAGCAGCGUCUUCCCACCGACAUCACCUGUCUCACCUUCACUGACCAAAUAUACAUAGAACACACUGCAGACAUGGCGUCCCUGCAGACCUGUCUGUCUCGCCGCGUCCCCGUCCUGCUGGCUCGAGGUCUGGUCCGUCUUGUCGUCGUGGACUCGGUGGCGUCUUUGUUCAGGUCGGAGUUCCAGGCUUCUGAUUGGCUGGAGAGGACGAGACACCUGCUGAGCUUCUCUUCCUGUUUACAUAACCUGAGCCAGGAGUUCAACACACCUGUCCUCUGCAUCAACCAG